UUUUUUUUUCUUUCGUCUUCAGUUCCGAAACUUGACACAGUAUAAUGCAAACAACAUCGAUUCUAUCAAAAAAGGAACAGCAUAUACUUGACAAUCAAUUAGAAAUAGAUUGGUUGAAACGACAAAUUGAACAACGAAAACAACGUGACUUGGGAACAUACAGUGCUAUCAAGGAAAAGAUACAAAACAUGACGGACGAACAAGUACAAGAAAAAUUACGUGCUUACCCUGAACAUGUUGCAGCUAUUCGCGUACGAAUGGAUAUUAUGGCUCAAUACAAUCUUAGUAAAGAUCGUAUUUCAGAAAACUUGGAUGAUAGUCAUUAUAUACUUGACUCUCUUUACCCUCGUGACACUUUGACCGAUGAACCUUCAGACCUUCUCAAAUUACAAGUACAAGAUUUGGUGGUAUAUCGUGAUAAAUUAGUGGUAGAAAAAAUGCAACUCCUAGAACAAUUAAAUGAAAUUCAAAAUAGAUUAACCUAUUUAAGUGCACAAGCAAUCGUGAAAUAUCAAGAAAAUGGACAAUUGGUGAUGAAUUUAGAUCGUGUCAAACAACAAGCAGUAUUAGAACAACAACAAAUCGAAAAUGGAACACCUGCUCAAGGAAGUGUUACAUCAUCUCAACCUACACAAGAAAGAGCUAUUGAAAAAUUACAUGAUAUUAAAAAUCGUUUGGAAAUUGCAAAAAAUGUUCUUAUGGGUUUGAUCUUGGAAAGUAGCAUUGACUGGGCAAGUGAUCGAAAAUGGUCUCGAGUGAUGCUUCAACUCGGAGCUGAAGAAGAAGAAGAAGAAGAUUGAUACCUUUGAAUGUAUAUAAAUUUGGACCCUGAUUCCAUUGUUAUUCCUCAUUACCUUUUGGUUUGUUAUUUUUUUUUAUUUCUAUAUUUACUCUUUUGUAUUCUUUAUCAAAUAUCCAUUAAUAUUCAUAUUCUCUAUCCUCUAGAUAUAUUGAUAUAAAAACCCCCUCAUUUUAC